GCUGAUCCAUCCGGCUUAUGAACAGCAUAUCCGUCUUGCAUAUCGGAGUCAGUGAUCAAAUUCCUCUGAGCCUAUGCAUACGCAUACCCAUUGUCGCGUAGAUAAGCAGCUAAGUGCGACCUUUAUACUCGGUCAUAUUUCUUUCAUCACAUCGUGUUACAAAAGUAUUCUCCAUAUUCUACAAUCGACAAACCAUGCUGGCGAAAUGCGGACUGUGGCAGUAGUAAGGAUCUCGAGAGCGAGGGAAAAUCAAAUGGUAUACACAACGUGAGCAUAUUUUUGCCUUCUAUUACAACAAAAGAUAGUUUUUAUCCAAGAAAUAUUAUUGAUCUCUACGAUUACCCCCGUAAAUACAAAUGUGGACUUAGAAAUCUGUCUAUGGGUGGCGCAGCAACAAUUGAGAGCAAGAGGAGGGAUUCAGCUAGGCAGAGAGGGGUAGUGGCACACGGUUCAGGUUUGGUUGGCUAAAUUUUCUUAAUAGAAAUGGUAGACUUGGACGUCUAGUGGACAGCGAGACUCUCGCCUCCCCUCAAAAUCCACCACUGACUAAAUAGCUAAUAGUGGCUGAGCGUAAAUAAUCCGAACCGACAAACGCCAUAUUUCAUGCCUUGUACCAUAAAAGCUGUCUAUUUUAUUUAUUCGUUCACAGAAAGUCACGAGAAAUAUCGCCAGCGCUUGAGCUAAAAAAUAGAAAACCUCUUAUUAGAGCCAUGUAUAGCCAGUAGCAAAAAAGUCCAAUUCUAUCUAGCUACAAAUGCACGAAACUCCAAUAAAAUCGGAC